GUCAAAGCACGGUCCUCCCUGCCACCCGUCCUCCCCCCUGCCUCCUCCCUCCUGGACAUUCCUGCCUCGUCGCUGCCAUGAUUUGCUGAGCAACUCGACACUCCGCUGCUCCAGAGAUGCGUGUGUGGAGGAGACGGUCCCGGUGCGAGCUGGAGGAGUAACGGAACCGACACAACCGGACCUGAACGGGAUCCCUCUAAUCCGCCUCCGCGUCCACAUCUCUCAGGGGUGGGACGUUGGCGCACCUUGCCCCCCGAAGCCUGCGCUGUUUUGCGGGUUAACCAAGUCCUCCUCUCCGCCUGCUUCUCCUCCACCUCCGACACGCUUCACGUUCCUCCCGUCGCUGCGCACUUCCGAGCCCGGUUCUAAUGGAGGGCCCGGAGCGGACUUCGGAUCAGAAUAAUGCGCUCUGCUGCUGAUUCGCCCGACGCACCGCAGCUUUUGAGCUCCUGGGAGACGAAAGGUUUUCUAAACAAACAGGGAUUUACGCUUCUGGCAACACGGCUGCUGGUAGGGGUCAAAGGGCACCAUGGACAGUGGCCUAAGGGUCCUCCUGUCCACUGUGCUGUGUCUCAGCCAGUCGCUGCUCAUCAGCUGCUCGUUUCAGUAUCCCUCUUUUCUCUCUGAGCCAACCUCUGUGGUCCAGAGUACAGGUUCUGUGGCUCAUCUGCAAUGCUCAGCGAGUCCUUCGUCCGCCGUGGUUUCCUGGCUCUUCCAAGGCCUUCCCCUGGACCAGGGCGCGCUAACUGGCGUGGAAUUCAAACAGGACUCCCUUAUAAUCUCCAACCUUACAUCCAGGCACGCUGGCGUCUAUCAGUGCGUGGCACGCUCAGGCCACGGGUCGGCUGUUGUCAGCCGCCUCGCCCGUGUCGCCAUAGCAGAAAUAGCAGAAUAUGAAGAUGUCCGACGGCAGAUGUUAUCGGUACAGGAAGGAAGCACGGUUCUCAUAGAGUGUCCUCUGCCGCACAGCGUCCCCCCAGCUCGUCCCAGAUUCAGGGUCCGAGGGGACUGGAUCGAAGAAUCAACAGAUAAUUAUUUAGUCCUUCCAUCUGGAAACCUGCAGAUCAUCUCUGCCUCUGCGCAGCACCAGGGCAUGUACAAGUGUGGAGCAGUCAACCCUGUUACUGAUCAAGUAGUGGUACGGUCUCAUGGCACGAAGCUGUCAGUCAAACAUUCAGACUCAUCCUCCUCGGUCCACAUAGUGUAUCCCGUCGCUCCGGCGACGGUUUCCGCGGUGCUCUCCCAGCCGCUGACGCUAGAGUGCGUCGUGUCUGGGAGUCCUGCACCUGCGGCCAAGUGGUUCAAGAACGGUAAAGAGGUCAGAUUUGGGCCUUCUCACCAGCGACGGCUCAACAACCUGGCUUUUGUUGGCGUGAUGAGGAGCGAUGAAGGACGGUACAGCUGCAUGGUGGAGACAGAGCAGCGGAAGGUGAUCAGCCCUGGUUACACUCUGAAAGUUCUCGAGCCUCCUCUUGUCGAGGGCGGUCUGGGUGACCAGCUCAUCUCCGUGGGCUCCUCUGCUCGUUUUACCUGCACAGCGAGAGGAAACCCCGCCCCCAGCAUCACCUGGCUGUUCAACGCCAACCCAAUCACCCCAUCGCAACGCUUUCAGGUUUCUGGAGUCACGCUUGUCAUCACGAACGUGACGUCGCAGGAUGGAGGAGUGUAUCAGUGUCUUCUGGACAACGAGGUCGGCUCGGCACAGUCCCACGGGAUACUCCGAACCCAGCCGGAUCUACAUCUGGGCUCUACCGCCGGUGUGCCGCUGGAGGCUUCGCCAUCACUCCAUCCGAUUCAGAGCGACGAGAGCUUCCUGACCGACGACGACGGCGAUGCUUUCAACCUACCGGCCGACCGGAGCGGCGACCGUCCCACUCCGGAGGCGCCGAUCAUCAUCAGCUCGCCGCAGACUCACAAACCCGACGUGUACGACCUGGAGUGGAGGGCGGGCCGUGACAGCGGCAGCCCCAUAAACGCCUAUUUUGUCAAAUAUCGGAAGAUUGAUGACAUGGGAACGGUGGUGGGAAACUGGCAAACGGUUAGAGUUCCAGGCAGCGAGAAAACGCUGCGUCUGUCAGAGCUCGAGCCUUCCAGCCUGUACGAGGUUCUGAUGGUGGCUCGGAGUUCCGCCGGUGAGGGUCAACCGGCCAUGCUGACAUUCCGCACCGGAAAAGAAAAGAACACCUCCUCCAGCAAUAAGAACACUUCCAAGCCCGCCACCGUUCCCAUCUCGCCCAAAGUUGUGGAGCCGUCGAGAACGAAUUACGGAGUCAUCCAACACGACCGAGGUGUGAAGAACUGGCACAUGAUUGGAUAUCUGCAGCCAGAGACCUCCUACGAUAUCAAAAUGCAGUGCUUUAACGGUGGGGGGCAGAGCGAUUACAGCAACGUCAUGAUCUGUGAAACCAGAGCUCGCCAGUCUCCCGGGUCUCCCAGUCAGCACCCCUUCACCCCUCCUGGACCCCACCUCCCUGAGCCCUCCAGCUCACCUGGCGGACUGCUCUAUCUGAUUGUGGGCUGUGUUUUGGUGGUGAUGGUGCUCAUCCUGCUGUCUUUCAUCGCCAUGUGUCUGUGGAGGAAUCGCCAGCAGAACAACACGAACAAGUUUGACCCUCCUGGCUACCUGUACCAGCCUGCAGAGUUGAACGGUCACGUCCUUGAAUACACCACGCUGGCGCCGGGCAGCAGCCGUGCCAAUGGGAGCAUCCAUGGUAGCUACGGGCACAGUGGCCAGAUGUUACCCCAGGGGUGCCACCACCUCCACCACAAACUACCCAACGGCUUGGCGCUGCUUAACGGCUCCGGCGGUUUAUUCUCACCCGGCCACCCACACGGCCACGAAGGCGCGCUGCCCUGUAGCGCCCAUGACUGCGAGCACUCGCACCCUCACCACCACUUAAACGGCGGAGGCGCAUACACGGCUCUUCCUCAGACGGAGAACUCUGACUGCAUGAGCUGUCAGAACCUGUGCAACAACAACAGAUGUCACAACAAGACCAACGGCACUUUCCCCAAUGGCACGCUGCCUUUGAUGCACCGAGUGGCACCCUGCCAGCAGGAUGGGAUGGAGAUGGUCCCUCUGGGCCAGGUUUCACCUCAGUGUCGAGGCUCCGACCCAGAGGCUGACAGAGGGUACCAACCAAAUGAGCUCCAGGGGUCCUUGCCCUCACAACGUUCCUUCUGUUUGAUUCAGAACAACGAAAACUCCCCAGGGGAUAGCACUGCUGAAGAGGAGCCGGAGUGCGUGGAGGUGGAGGAGCGUGUGGUGUCCUGGGUCAGCCUCGGACUGCCAGACUUAGACUGCGACAAGAAGCCUGGGUGGAUCUGCAGCGGCAGCCUGGCAGUAGAGCUGAUUCAGCCCGGCCCACAGGAGGCCUGAACGUAGCCCACACGCAAGCACACUCCCCAGCCUCGGGGAGAGGAACCGGGCCCAGCGAGAUGGAGGAGGAGGAAGGAGCGCAGUGGAAGGAGGAAGACGGGGAUAGUCAGAGACACUGCUUAUUAAAGGACACAGAAGUGUUGGACCGAGACGCAACAAUAAAAGACUUGAGAGCAAAAGACAGACGGAGGAAAAACUUUUAGCACGAUGGAGGGAAAACGCUCAUAAAACAUCAAGAACUCUUUAGAUGACUUAUUUAUUUUUUGUAGUAGUAAAAUAUUAUUUCAUAUGAAUGUAUCUGUUUAAAAGAAAAAAGUUUGUCUUUUAUAUUAUUUAUGCCUUUUGGAUGAGAAAUACUUUUUAUUUUUUUGUCGUUUUGUCCCUCUGAUCCACUGGAGGGGGGAGAUUAGUCUGUAAAGUUUUGUAAUAUAAAAAAGAAGAUAUGGAAGACAAAAACCAA